GGUUAUGUGUUAAUACUAUUGUAUAAUAGUUCAUAUACAUUAUUAUAAUUGAAUGCAGUAUUUUAUGAUUUUAACAAACCAGAUAGUCAACAGGCAUUACCAGAGAGUUUCAUCAAAGCAACAUUUUCUCAGAUUUGCAUUAGAAAUCCAGCCAACAGAGAAAGUUUCAGAGUAUACCGCCACUCUCACCCAUGGAAUGCUCAGAGAGGGUAAAAAAGGUCGUCAUAAAAUGGAGUCACUGAAGCUAACCAUGAGGGCAGAAGGGUAUGAUUCAUCAGAAGUCACUGCAUCUCUGACAUACAACCGCAACAGGAACACUGUCACUACUGAGAUUAGCAUUCCUGACUAUGAUGUGGAAGCAGGCGUCAAGCUGACUGUAACUGACAGCAAUGCAGAGGGGCCGAGAACGAGAGGAAUCACCGUUGAUGUCACAAGCAAGAACAUCCCUCAGCUGACUCUUGUUGGACACACAAGGCUUGACAUAAUGAAGGGCGCCAUGCUGCAACUCCAGUUGCUAAUACCGUUUUUGAAAACUGAAGCCUCUGUCACUGCGACCCUGAAGAGGGAUGAGGAUAUAGUCGUGGACUUGGAGACGGUCAUGAACCUUCCUGUGACAUCCUACCAACAGAAAGCUUCCUUCAAAUAUGAUGUUGACAAGAUUGAAGUGGAGCUGAAGUCAAAUCUGAAUUCAGAGAUUCAGAAACUGAUCAUAAAUAUCAACGAUUAUCACGGGCUGCAACAGAUCAUUGAUCAUAUCCUUGAGAAGAAAGUGGCAAAAACUGAUAUGAAACUGCGUCAUAUAGUCAUGAAAGGAAUUGAGGCAGGUGAUAUAUGGCUAGAAAAAUUGACAGCACGCAUCCCCCAUCUUGCGAACUGGACGAAUAAGAGGAUCAUGUCCGAUAUCACCCUGGCAGCCAUGCCUGAGAAGCUUUUUCUGCAGUCAAACAGCUUGUUCAGAUACCAGUUCAACAAGGAUAGGAUGGUUAUCUCACUUCCCCUUCCACACGGAGGAACAAAGUCGCAGGAUCUGAACAUCCCAACAACUCUGUCCACUCCUCUCAUAUAUUUACCAGAUAUAGGCCUUUACAUCCCUGCCAAAAACUAUUCACUACCGUCAUUCACCAUCCCACCUUCUUUGGAUUUUACUGUUCCCUUUCUCGGUCUUGCUGAAGCAUCCACCAAGAUCAACAGCAAUGUCUACAGCUGGGAAGGCUCCAUCUCUGGGGGGAACAACACUGUUGAUGUCCCGAGUUACAUUACACAGUACAAGGCUAUGGCCCAAUCACCGUUCAACCUACUGGCAUACAAGCUUGAAGGAACCGGUAUGAUAUCAAGAAGUGCUGAUGGUAAUAUCAAGUAUCUUCUGAAUAGUUUCUUCAACCAUAGAUUGAUUGACACGAACUUCAGUGUAAUAGAAACAAUAGGAGUAACCAACAGAUUGAAUGCAAAAGCAAACUAUCAUAUAAAAGCCUCUAGUCCAUUGGGCCUGCAAGCCUCCCUCUACUACUCUGCUCAGUCAGCAUCAUCUCUAGAUUUAGAUAAAGUCUCAGGAGAUGGCACCAUGGAUGGAUCACUUAAAAUAGGUUCAUUCUAUGCUGAUACCAGCUACGCCCACAGCUACAACCUUCGUCCAAUAGUUGGAAAAGGGAGAGGAGAGUCAACCCUGCAUCUAAACUCAACCUUCUUUGAUGUUCACAAUAUGAUCAAUGGAGUUUAUGCAAACUCGGAGUUGAAUAUGCUGUCCAAAAUAAUUGCCCAGGAGGAGUCUUUUAAGCAUGUGGCAGAGCUCAAGUAUAAAGAUGCUCAACUGACCAUGAAGUGCAACACCCUUGCCACUGGACUGGGUCAGUCACUCAAUAACAAAGUUGAGCUAGGUAUGUCCAGCCAUAUGGCCAGCCUCAGAAUUGAGUUACAGGCAGAUGAUGACACAAACAGGGCCUACUCCCUUGUAGAAGGCUCCUUGGAUUCAAAUGGGCUUGAGCUAAACUCUGAAGGUUCCAUUACCUUUCAGACAGUUUGUGGAUUACACAAAGCUUCUGUUAUGGUUGGAAGGCACAGUCUGACCGCAAGUGGAACUAAUAGCAUUCAGUGCAGUCCUGUCAUGGUGGAGAAUAUGUUCAGUGGUGCCAUAGACAACAAUAGAGCAUCCUUACACUCCAAGACAAAAGUGAUGGCAAAGGAAAGCAAAGGAGAGCUGAACAUUGACGGUACAAUCUCAGCUACGGAAGCCUCUUUGAAUGGUGUCCUCAAUGGCCAUGUAUACGAUGCAACCACAAGAAACAACAUGGAUAUUGUACUCAACCGCAGAGCCCUGACCUUUGCUAUCAAUAACAUGGGAAAAUUGAAGCAGAUUAAUACAGAAAAUAUCCAUACACUGACCCUCACUCUGUGGACGCUAACCUUCCACUCCAAGACGAACAACUUCAUCUGUGAAGAUAUUUACUACAAACAAAACAGCAAGGUUCAUAUGAAGCCAUUUCUUACAGCAGUGGAUAUGACAAAUGACCUUAAGUUUUAUGAUUUUAAUUGGAACAAUGAAGGCCACAUGCAGCUUGAGCCAAUUACGGUUGAUCUCAGUGGAACUACAAAGGUAGCUUACGGAGAACACCACAACAUUAAACAUACCUAUGAACUCAACUAUGACAACAUGGCUGGUACAAUGAAAUACAGCGUGACUGGAAAUGUAAUUGACGCUCAGCUAAGUCACAACUGUGAACUUGAGUUUGCUGGACUUUCCUCAAAGUCAAAGUGUGCGGCACUAAUAAAUUCUGAGCCCUUUCGUUUUGAAAGCACUAUUCGCACCAUGGCACUGCCUUUCAGUCUCACUGUUGAUUCUCUUGUCAACGGUGAUGGACAAAUUAAUCUAUAUGGGAAGCACACCGGACAGCUGUAUAGUAAUCUGUCGGUUAAGACAGAACCCCUAACUCUUGCAUUCGCACAUGACAGCCAGGUAUCAACCACACAUGUGUUUCCAAAUGGGAAGUCUUCCAGUAAUUUAGAAAACAAAUUUGAUGGCCUCCUGACACCAAGUGACCAAUCUCUCACCUGGAAAAUAAAAUCUAAGCUGAACAACCAUGCCUAUAACCAGGAUGUUAGUGCUUUCCAUAAUCCUUUCAAGGUUGCAUUUGAGUUUUCAGGAGUAAUAUUAACAGACAGUUUUGGCAAUUUAAGCAGCAAAAAGAGAUUAGAAGUAGAAGAAUUUAGUAUAGCUGGUUUCCUCAAGUAUGACAAGAACAGUGACUGUCAUAUCAUUGAGAUCCCAUUCAUUGAGAGUUUCCCUGUAGCUUUUGAACACCUCAAGAACACACUUGCAAAAGCAUUGAUAUCGAUUCAACAGUUCAUCAAAAAUGUAAAUAUUAAUCAGCUAAUCAUUGACUUUAGGGGCAAGUUAGAUCGUAUACCUGUGCAAGUCAGCAACUUCAUGCUCGAAAUGGACUUGGAGAACAAAGUGAAUCAAGUAAAUGCAAAAAUUGAUUAUUUAAUCAAUGACUUUUCUGUAACAAUGGAUGACUUUGAAUUUGUGAUGAAACACUUAAGAGAGAGCAUGGAGAAUAUAGUAAUGGACAUUGUCUCCACAAUUAGUGACAUCAUCCUCACAAUCAAACACUAUGUCAAGGCCCGCCACUUUGCCGAAAAGAUAACAAAUGUGCUUUUAAAAAUGGCAAAUCAGCUUUCGGCCUUUGAUGAGAAGUAUGAAGUUAAGCGGUCUCUCAUCAAAGCGCUAGAUACCAUCAAGGACAUCAUCAGACAGAUAGAUUUGCAGAAGCUCACCGACAGUAGCGCCGCCUGGCUGCGUCAUUUUGAUUUUAAAUAUAGAAUCUUGGAGAAAACAAAAGACAAACUGUCCGAAAUGAAAGAGGCUAUUGAGAACUUUGACAUCAAUGCCUUUUUCCAGGAGAUAAAGGAUCAACUUCUCUCAAUUGAUUUAGCUUUUUAUGUGGAGCAGAUAUCCUAUACAAUUUCUUCUGCAGACAUAGCAAAAGUGACGGAAUCUAUAAAUGAUGUUAUUGUUAACUGGAUUGACGAAUAUGAAAUCCCCAACAAAAUCAAUACGAUGUAUUCUUAUACUAAGGAUAAAGUUUUAAAAUACAAUCUUAAUGAUACAGUUAAAGAACUGAUGAAUCAAUUAUUGAUUCUCAUCAAGGAAUUCAAAAUUGAAGAGACACUGAAGGCAAUGGUUGAUAGUCUGAAAUCUAUCAACUUUGAGUUAGUUGAUAAUCAAAUGAGGCAGCUUCUGCACAUAGAUGUUAUAAGCCAGUUCAGAACAAUUGAGUUUGGGGAAAAUCAUUAAUGACCUUAAUACAAACAUUUCUUCAAUAGUUGGCUCAUUGAAGGAAUUUGACUACAGUGCAUUUGUUCAUGAGACCAACAAGAAAAUUGCUGAAUCAACAAACUAUAUCAACGAGCAGAUUAGACUAUAUGAGCU